GAAGGAAAUUGCACUAAUAAAGGUCGUUCUCUAAAGAGAGAGAGACAGAGAACGGGAGGGAGAGGGAGAGAAGGGGAGCAUAGAGUCCGACCACCGGCGACGGGAAGAUGAUGACCGGCGGAGGUUACACAACAAUCGACAACCAGAAAGUCUCCGGAUCCGUACCGGCGGUAUCAGGCUCUGACCACGUCACUGUCAAAUUCACAGAGUCUAACCUUCACUCGUUUCCAACGUCCGAGGCGAAGGGCAAGAUCACUGGCGUCUUCAAGCCACCAAGCGAUGCAGAUGAUACGUUCUCGAGACCAGCAAAUGGAAUCUCCGACGAUACCCAGCAGUCUGGGUGGAUGCGAAAGUUCAUGGUGGCUGCUUACAAGCCCUAUUUCGAUGUUGAUACGUCGGAUGUGUUGGACAGGAUUAAAGACUCGCUUUUCCCGUUUAAGGCGAGCUUUGCAGAGACGACGGCCAACAACCCGGAUUUGUAAGUUCAUUGCUGAUGUGGGUUGA